AUGUUCUAGUUAUUACCCGGUGACUUGACUCUGCUCCUAACAGACCACCAGGCGCACCGGCAGUCCCCGUCUCUGCUGACUCAGUGCCUUACCAGCAGUCUCUUCAGCCCGAGAUACCGCAUCCAGCAACCUACGCACACUCCACCGAUCAACCGCCCCGGCACCACCACCGUACAGAAAUGGCUAAGACCGCAAUCGCUUACAAAGAGAAGAUGAAGGAGAUCUCAGUUCUCUCAUUCAUCUGCUCUUGUCUGUACCCCGAAACCCCCAAAAACAUCAUGGGUGACUUUGAAGACAUGGACAUCAAGCCUAUUAACAAGCGAGCCUCAGGCCAGGCCUUUGAGGUCAUCCUUAAGCCGACCUCCCCUGUGUCUGAUCCUGCCCACUGUGUCACCACCCCCCCAAAGAGGGACCUGUCCCUGGAGGACAUCCAGAAGAAACUGGAGGCAGCUGAGGAACGGAGGAGAUCCCAAGAGGCACAGGUUCUCCGGGCCCUGGCUGAGAAGCGGGACCACGAGCGCGAUGUGCUGCUGAAGGCUAUGGAGGAGAACAGCAACUUCAGCCGCAUGGCCGAGGAGAAGCUCCAGGUGAAGAUGGAGCAAAACGAGGAGAACCGACAGGCUUACCUGGCUGCCAUGAUGGAGCGCCUGCAGGAGAGGGAGAGGCAUGCUCAGGAGGUGCGCAGGAACAAGGAGUUGAGAUAAGAGGUGACAGCAUGAGAAGCCCCAACAGGUUCUACGUCCCACCUUCAACCCCCCAUCCCACCCAAUACCACCACCACCACCAGCUCCAACCCUGAGGAACACCCAUCUCCCCACCUUAUCCCACAUGUCCCUACCUUCUCCACCCCUUCGCCAUACUCCCCCAUACUACUAUGAAACUACCACAGCCUGAGAUGCCACCCCGAGACAGUGGGAGGUUCAAAUGGGGUUGGGGGUGGAAAGAAAAAGCAAAAAUAAUUUAGAAAAACAAAGAAAAAUUAAUGUCUCCCACCCACUCUUCCCAAAAAAGAAUGUUUUCGCUCCGUUUCAAAUGAGAAGAAAAAAUCGAAUUGACAAGUGACAGUGGGUAUUGGUUUUGUAAAUACUUCUUUUUUUGUUAUAUACAGUACGAUACAAGCAGCAAAAGUAUUGAUUGCAGUGUGCCAUUUUUUCUAUAUGAGUUUUCUCUCUCUGCUUAUAAAUGGAUGUAAUAAUUAGAUUAAUUUCAUGUUUUUUUUGUUCAGUCUGAGAAUCAUUUCAGGCAUAGGUGUUUGUUGUGAGUUUUCCAGCUAGCUGAUGUUUGCUGCGACUGGUUGUAUCCUCACAAGGCCCGCAUCCUGGCUCCGUUCCCUCGUCCCUCCAAGUAAGCACCUACUCAUUUGACCCUGCAGAUCUGGAUACAAAAUUGGAUCUGUGUUUAGUCAGAGUAAUUUUCCAUCCAGAUUAUGCCAAUGUUCCAAUUAGUGAGGGACAUGUGCAGGAAGGUUGGCAGGAGGAAAGGGGGCUGUUUGCUUUCUGUGGGGACUGCAAGCUGUCGCUGCACAUUCAUUCCUGUGAGGUAGAUGGUGACUGUACCACAGGAGAACAUUAUAGCAUUUAAUGAGCCCAUCCUCAUCCUCCUUCCUUCCGUCUGCAACCUCUUCAUCUCUCCACAUACAUACUGUAGAAGCACUCACUCACAUGCUCUCAACAUGGGCAGGCAUUUAGCCAAUUAUAGCGCAGAGCUCAGAAGCAGAUCGCUAAAUUCGGUCUAUCUGACACCGGAAAGCUCACGUAUCAUCCCUGACCAAUGGCGGGCCUCUUAUAUUCCUCAGAAACAAGCUUGCGUCACAUUUAAAUCAUGUUAUAACACAACUUGAGUUAGAGUACAUCUCAAGAGCUAGUGGAGUGCAAAGAAAACUUCACCAGACUUGUUACUGUGAAUCUAAAUUGGAGAAAAUAAAAAUAAAUUCCAACUUUCUCUUUUUCAUAGAGGCUAGAGUAGUGCCCCAACAUCGUCAGCGCCUACUGGAAUCACUGCAUUUCACUUCAAGACACUGUAAACUCCCCAAAAGGUUGGCACAAGAAAUAUAUUUAAGCCAUAACAAGUAUAACUGCAACAAUGAGUCAUGAACACAGUAUUGCCAUCUGUAAAGGUGUAUAUGAGCGUAUUAAAGUAUCGGAAUGGCAGUCGCACACGCACAGUAGGCCUGUAGAUGUGUGUGAGUGUGUGUGUGUGUAUUGCAGAAAGGGCGGGUAGAUAACAGAAUGUUUGUGUCAUGUGAUAUUGACCCAGUGAAAUAUAAACAACACAAUUAAAGUGUAGUACAUCACAAACAGAGACCAUCCUACCUGCCUCUCUCUCUCUUUCUCUCUCCUCUGUCCAUUUGUGUGUUUCCCCCUCUCACGUAUAUCUUUGUGAGCAAGCAGUGGUUAAUAAAGAUUUGGGGUUUAGUGAAUGAAA